UUGAAUGAAUACAGGGAUCACUAUCCAGAUUAUCACGAACGUCAACCAACUUUAUCAACAUCAAAGUUGGCUUUGGUCAAUACAUUCGGUGGAUUGAUAUUCGGUUAUAAUACAGGUGUAAUUGCUGGAGUGCUCAAUAUUGAUCCAUGGAAGUCUAUGAGUGAUAUCGAUCGUGGUAUACUAACAUGUAGUAUACUGCUCGGUGCAAUGAUUGGCUCAUUGCUGGGAGGACUGGUCACCGAGCGACUGGGGCGCAAACGUCCAAUGCUCAUGAUUGGCGCGCUCACCGUCAUUGGUGCGAUUGGCUCGGCCCUGGUACCUGCCAACCUCUGGUACGUCUCUCUCUUCCGUCUCAUCCUAGGUCUUGGAGUGGGAGCCUCUGGCAUCGUGUGUCCGCUGUACGUUGGCGAGAUGUCCGACCCUCUCAGGAAGGGCACGCUCGGCACAAUCUUCCAGAUCGCCAUCACCAUUGGUAUACUCAUUGGUGAUUGUGUUGGCUUUGGCUUCAUCGAUGUCAAGUACAACUAUCGUUGGAUGUUCUCAUUCGGAGCACUACCAGGUUUGUUGCUCAUUGGCCUUAUCUUCUUCAUUCCCGAGUCAUUUGCUUGGCGUGAGAAACAAUCUGCGCAGCAGAACACUCUUUUACUGUUGCAUCGUGAUAGCAGAAAUGAGGGUAUCAAGUCGUUGCUCUCAAAGCCCGAGGGACGCUUCGCUCUGUUCAUGGGCGCCAUCCUGGCCGUCAACAAUCAAUUGACCGGUAUCAAUGCCUUUAUGUACUUUGCCCCUAACAUCUUUGGUGAGGCCGGUAUAGAGAGUGUCAAUGGACGUAUGAUUGCAACUAUAUCACUAGUAGCAUGGAACUUUAUCACAACAUUAACAGCAACAUUCUUUGUGGAUAGGAUUGGCAGGAGGAAGCUGACAUUGUACAGUUCGACUGUGAUGACAUUCAGUUGUCUGUGUCUGGCACUGAUGUUCUUGUUGCUCAAUGGCACCACGUUGGGAGUGCUGUCAAUCAUUCUUCUAUUCCUGUUCAUCGCUGGAUUUGAAGCUGGUGUCGGCCCACUCUUCUGGAUCAUGGUCAUUGAGAUAUUCCCACCCGAGUGCAAGGAUGUUGGAUCAAGUCUGUUGAACGCACUGCAGUGGUCAUUCAACAUUAUACUCUCAUUUAGCUUCCUGUCACUAGUGACACUUAUUGGACAAUCAGCAAUCUUUUGGAUCUUUGGUGGAAUUGGUGUCGUCUGUCUCAUCUUUAUGUACAUCUAUCUCCCGGAGACCAAGCAACAGAUGAACUAUGAAGCA